ACAGUACGUUCAUGUACCACAGUCAUUUGUCUGACGGAGAUUAAGUUACAUCGUUACGUUUACUGCUGCUCAAAAACCAGAUCUCUUGUUUUGUUCCCCAGUAUUUAUUUAUUAAUGUUAGUUUAAAUAUUGAGAUAACCUUUAGAAGAGACAUUGUACUACACUUCGAAUCGUUAUGGUGAAAAUGGUGGACGUGUUCUUACUGCAAUAUUCAAGGACCGACCACGUUGUUACGCCGCCAUGUUAGCUGCGUACGAGACGCGAGAUCGCGAAAUCGAAUGAGAAUGAAAUGUCUUCAAGUCACAACAGUAAAGAAACGAAACACAAAAUGCAUUUUUGAAGGAACGUCCGAAAACAUUUUCCCCUACUACUCCAAGUAAUCUGCCAGUGUGACCCGAGUUGAAAGACUUGGAACAGAUGGGUUAGCAGUAGAAAAAGAAAAAAUGAAAUGGCAACCAACAAGAAGAAUAAAAGUCGUUAUUGUACGGCGUCUUUCCUACACCUUUUACACGAACUGUGGACGUCCAGCAACCCAUUUCUGCGAUGCAGCCGUUGAUUCGAUCUUAGAGCCCCCAAUGUCCAUCUCGUCGAUAAAAACGAAUUCGAUUUGUGGAACUGUGGAACCGAGACGAGUUUAUUUCAGCAUUGAAAAACAAAGUGUGAUAAAUCAGAGGCCCUUCAAGGUUCGCAUUUGGCCCGAAAUCCCUCCGGCCGGCGUUCAUCAAAAGGGCCGGAAUGUGUGUGCGAUUAGGACAGCUUAUGAUGUCCGCUGAUUAAUUGUCCUCUUUACCCCCCCUUCCAGACGUCGCGAAGGAUUUAAACGGGUACAACAAACUACGAAGAGAGACGGGCUUCAUUUCGAGUUUGACGGCCGAAAAAGAAAAUUGCUUUUCGUGGAGCGCAUGCGCGCAGUUUGGGUCGGGGUAAGGCCGUUUGUUAUAGCGCUCAAUGCCGACGAGGAAUGAUAGGUCUCCCCCAUCCCUCCCCCGAAAAAAAAAAAAAGCGAAAACCGAUUGCCCAUGACACACACACGCGCACACGGAUCAUGUGGAAGUUGGGGAGGUGGGGUGACUAUAAGAAUCUGGAUUGCCAAAGCCGGUAAAUGGGGCUCAGUUCAUGUCCGACUCAACACGCGAUCGGAUUGUUGCGUUAAACCAUCGUCGUCUAUCUGUCGUGUCUGUUUAUGCGCUAGAUGGGAAAGAACUACGUCAUUUAAUGGAAUUAUUUAAAUAUUUUUUUUUUUAGUGUGGCAGCAGUUGCGAAUUGUUGGAUUUGUUUAGAAGAACGGAUGUCAUUUGCAUGUGACACUUGGAUCGGACAAAGAAUGAUGCCGAACGGCUGAAUAAUUUUCUGGACUCGGCGAACUCGUUCCAAAAUAAAUUGUUGUAAACAUUUUUUUUUUUUUCUAGGAUUCGUGAACGUUUCUCUUUUGUUUUGUGAAAUCCAUCGAACUAUAACGGGGGCUGUACAUCGUCAUCUGCUUCUCUUUUUUUUUUUUUAUUUCUGGCGCCGUCUAACUUUCCUCUUCGCAAAGUGUCAUUUCCAUUUGGCCGUUGGCCUUGUGUCUGCGUUGGUCGUGUCCUACACUCCCCCAAAAAACCAGCACCUUUGCUCCCCCGCCGUUACUACACCGCUGGGGUAGUGUAUACAUCCCCGCUACUUGACGUGCCACUUCAUCACUAUCGGAUGUACAUAGCGAGUGAACUGGACCAGCUGACUCAACCAUCUUGCAGUGUCUGGCUGACUUUCAUUUAUGUGUUUGUCCUGGUGUGUUUGCUGCUUCAAUGGUCCGUCAACGAAUUUCAACAAUAACUUCAUCACAGUGGGUGAAAAAUUGUCCGUCAGGCCAGCAGCGAGUGAACACGACAGUUUGAAACGUCCUGAAAGUUUCUUUAUUCCUGCACUCUUUGUUCCUCUCCUCUCCUUCCGGCCGGAAGGAUGAUGAUUUUCUACCUAUCAGUUUGGCUCCAUUUUCACGCUUCGUUAGCGUUGAAGAUUGUUGGUGUUGUGGUGCCGUCAGAGGUUGUGGCUGGUCGGGACGCUCUUCUUCAAUGCCAUUACGAUCUGGAGGGAAGCUCUUUAUACGCGCUCAAAUGGUAUAAAGGAUCGCACGAAUUCUAUCGCUUCAUCUUGAAAGAAGUGCCGCCCGUGCAGACGUUUCCGUGGUCCAGCAUCACUAUUCAUCACGAAGAAACGCGCAGCCGGUUGUUCGCUGCUCCGUUGGCCGGAAGGGUUUUGUUGAGGAACGUCACGGCUUCCGCCGAAGGAGUUUACAAAUGCGAAGUAUCAACAGAAGCUCCUUAUUUCGAUACGGACUAUGAGGAGGCUAAUCUUUCCGUCAUCGAAGUGGCAAGCGAGAAUCCGAUUAUCAGCUGGUUACAGGGCCGUCUCGAUUGGCAGUACGACGAUGUCUUCCACUUCAAAUGCUCCAUGAAUGGCACUCGGCCCGCUAGUCAGCUCUCUUGGCUCCUUAACGGCCAUCCGGUUCCUUUAUCGAUGGUGGAACCUUACGAUCCUGUGCUCAUUAAAGGAGACUCUACGGUGCGCUAUUACAGCGCCCAGCUGGGGCUGCGUUUCAAGAUGGAGCCGCAUCUUUUGCUCUCUGCCGCCCACGUCGAUCGCUUGGAGUUGACGUGCGUCAGCCGCGUAGGUUUGCGGCAGAGCGGAGACGCCCUCAUCGAAGGACGGGCCAAGUGGAUCGUGCAACGUCCCAUCACUUCCACGGCCGGAAUUCGCUUGCAAGCGGCUCCCGUCGCCGGAUCGACUGUCGAUAAUUGGCCUGCAGAAAACGAUGACGACGUGGGCGGAGGCGGAGGAGGAGGAGGACGCAAAAAUGAACGCGUCAAAGAAGAUGAAGAAGAUGAUGAUGAUUACAUCCGAGUUGGCAACAACAAACAACAAGAGGAUGACGCUGUUUCGCUCGAAUCUGACGACGCAACUGCUCAAACCGAUUCCGAGAAUCCGUCGCGUCGCACUCAACCCGUUGUCGGAUCGCAUCCAGGGCGGGUCGAUAACAAAAGCAGCGCCGUCAAUGCUGGUAACACGAUUCAAGGAUCACUCCUCGCAAGACUGCACCUGUUCUUCUCGACAUCUGUCAUCUUGAUAAUCGUCAUUUAUACGUUGCCGUGACAAGGGCUUUUGAUGUGGUAUUUUGUUUUUAGUUCCUUCUUUCGUCAUCGUGUAUGCGAUAUUACGUACUUGCGUAACAGUGUACCUCUACAAAUUCUAUUUAAAUGUGGCGAAUGGCAGCGAAGGGAUUGACGCAAUGAAUAGGUCGCAUUGUUGAUGACAUUUGUAUGCAGCGCAAAUAAUUUGAUUGCAUCAUCUUUUUCUUUUUUGACUCAUCAAUUCUCUUGUAUCCUGUCGACAAAGAAACAAAUGACGGAUUGCAUUCUGCCAAUGUAAUACCUCCCCCCUCCCCCUCUUAUAUAAAGAAAGGAAGGACGGUGGAUGUGAAGAACAAAACACAAAAAAAAUGAUAAUAAUAAAUGUCAAUUUAUUUGCUA